UCUUGCUUUGUUUGCUCGCCUUGUUUCCGUUACAUUGGAAUAAUGGUAGAGAAACGGUUAUUUAUAUGCGUGUGUGAUUUAUAUGAAAGUAAAUACUGAUAAUUCUUAAUACAUCCUCGAAAUUUAGAGAAACAUACCAGUGUCUGGGUUAAACCUUAGUAGAUACCUACUUAGUUGUCUCUUGAGAGUUUAGUCCCUUGGUUCUUUUGUGAAAUAUGGAUUUAUUAAAAACAGAAGACCAGCUUAGUGAUGAGGAGAUUUUUAUUGGUAAACUAUCAAUGAAAGAAAUAAAGAGACGUGUUUUGUGGAAUAAGCAACGUGAAACGUUCAAACAACCAGAAGAAAAAGAAGUAGAUAGAAGUUUAAAAAUAAUUGAAACUCAUUCUGCACCAGAUAUAUUACAUGCAGAUUCAAAGACAAUUGCAGUAUCUCCACAGCUUAAAGCUUUGUCAAAUCCAUUGUUAUCUCCACUUACCUCUUCAAAUCCAGAAUGUAACAGAGCUGUCAAUGACAGCUUCCUAAAAAUAGAGCAAAUGGUGACAGAUUUGUGCAUUUCAACAGAAGAAAAUACCAGUGUAACUUUAGAUAAUACUUUUGAUGUUAUUGAUUACAUAUUAAAACAUGGUGCAGCUCAGAAUUAUGAAAAAACAUGUCUUAAAACAAAUAACUGUGAACAAGAGACCCAAAAACAUAUUAAUUGCAUGGUGCCAGAAGUAACUGCUAAUAAUUUUGAUCUACCUUCUACAUCCAAGGACAACCAGAAAAAAGGAAAUAUAUUAAAAACACCAACAAAAACUAUUAAAAAAAAUUAUAACAAAAAGACUGAUAAUUUACCUACACCACCAUCAAAUAUGAGAACUCCUGCUUUUAAAACUCCUGGUGACCCAGUAUCAAAUAGAAAGACUCCUCACAGUUCACUUAAAAAGCCCUUGACUAAAUCAAAUAUUUACAAACAUGUGGCCAGUCCUGUUGCAUCUUAUAUAAACAAAUGUCCUGUUGUUCCCCGAUUGAAGGAAAUACGCCCGUCUAAGCCGCUGCUGGGACAUUCUUCUAUACCCAAAUUGAAAAGUAAUCUGAGCAAACCUAAUAAUAAGGAAAAUGUGAAAUUACCUGCUGUUGCUUACAAAAGUGCAAAGAAAACAGAAGUUAUUGAGAUACCAGAUGAAGAAAAAUUGCCAAAAAGUCAAUGGGCAAAGGAGGUAACAUCAUCUUUACCAAGACCAAUGGUUAUGAAACAUGAUCACAGGGAGAUUAAUUUGGCAAAGAGAAUGUUACUAGCAAAACAAGAAAACAGCUUUGCUGAUCUUUCAUUAAGACAGGCUGAUGUAUCUGUAUGUACUCAAAAAACAGCAUUCAGUCGGCCAAAAAAGAACUAA